CACUCGCUCACUCACUCACUGAUCACUCGUUGCAAGGCAAGCAAAUCUUUGGACUUCUCUGCUGCGCUGUGUGAGAGAUGGUGCUGACAAUGAGCCAGGUGGUGGCGCUGCUCUCCUCGGCUCUCUCCGGCAGCGGCGGCGGCGGAGGCGUGGCGAUUGGGAAGGUGCCGGCGACCGACGGCGAGCGGUGGCGACGUUGCGGCGGGGGAGGGCACGACCGGUCGGCAGGGCCGCCAGGGUACUGCUGCGUGUGCAUAUCGACGUGCCGCGACGGGGAGGAGAUACGGAAGCUGCCGUGCGGGCACGCGUUCCACCGGGACUGCGUCGACCGGUGGCUGGCGCAGUGCCGGCGGACGUGCCCGCUCUGCCGCCUGCACGUCGGCGGCGUGGGGCUGCAGGACGAGCAGCACCAGCUCAGCGAGGACCUCGUCAUCUGGUUCUCCUCCCUCUUCGUCGCCGGCUUGUAGGAUCGGUCGUAGGUUGCAAUGCAGCUGCCUCUGCCUGCCCCUGCCCUCGUACAAAUAUACGUCCACGGCGUAGAGUAGAAUCGGUCUAGGUCGCUUUUUGCUUUGCCGGCUUCCUCGAUUCUUAAAUAGCUUUGUUGUGACAAAUGCUGAUUCGAAGGAUAAAUUUCUUCGAUCUUUUAUGAAAAAAUGUUGUAUCAACGCCCGUCAAAACCAUCCGUAUUAGUGUUGCGCCCAGUUCUCCUUUCCAAAGUCAUGCCAAUGCCACCAACGCUAGCGAGCCAGGCUUAGACCUUGUUUCGAUCAGCUCAAGUCCUGGUCCAUCCACGUGGAUGGGCUGGGUUUCGGCUUAGAUAAAGAG